AUGCUGCUCUUGCUCAGCGGAUGCGCCUCCACGCAGUUGGCCUCCGAUGAGCCUGCAGUUUCUCAGGCGCCUUCUUCACCACCACCCGCUCAGAUCAUCCUCGACGGCGAGCUCGAUGAUUGGUAUGGACAGACUGGGAUCCGCGCUGACAACGACGAGGUGUUCAUCUGUUUCGAGUCGUUUGAUGAUUCCCAAGCGAUCCAAGCCGCGGACUUCACGACACGGAUUCGCAUUGACGCGGACGCCGACUCGACGACAGGAAUGCGCCAGAUGUACCACACCAAGGAUCAAGCAUCGGGGCAACCAAUGAUGCUGUCGCAAGGGGUAGACCUGACGAUUGACAUUUCUCCAGAGGGACGAGAUUUCGGAACAUUGCGAGGCGGAUCCAAUACGAGAAUGCAUACAGCAGAUACCACACAACGCAUCAGCCAUGCGGAUGUAGGGUUCUACUUCCUUCCGACGCAUAACUCACCAAGGUACGAAGCUCGUCUCGAUCGAUCACGCUUGCCGAUCCUUCAACAUGAUGGCCCAAUCAACGUUGUUGUAGAGCAUCGAGCGAUCGGUGGAGAAGUGCUCAGAACACAAUCGUUCACAGACACACUCCCGAACUACGCCCCGAGCAAACCGAUCAAUACACCCAUCUCGAAUCCUCCCAAAGACGGCGUGCGCGUCAUGAGCGCCAAUGUGCUGUACUCGUCACCACUCCGUGAUCCAGAACCCUUCGCGAGAGUUAUCAACGCGAACAACCCGGAUGUCGUGCUGUAUCAGGAAUGGUUCAAGACCACUAAAGAAGAUGUUCGCGCCUGGAUAGAUGAACAUCAUGGCAAGGAUUGGUCACUCAUCAUGACCGAUGAUGGCAGCGGAGUCGCAAUUGCAACAAAGCUGGAUGUCGUCGAGACCAUAUCGAAACCAGUUGUUGAGCACCGAGGGGAUCGUCCAAGCCGAGUCAUUGCUGCGGUCGUCGAAGCGCAUGAUGAGCAGCUCAUACUGAUAUCGCUGCACCUCAAAUGCUGCGGCGGAGCAGACUCAGAAGAAGAUCACAAACGCAUCAUGCAAGCCGGACAGAUCCAUGAUCUCGUCCUUGGGCUCCGUAAUAAAUACCCUGAAGCCGGCGUCGUCAUCGGAGGCGACUUCAAUCUUGUUGGUUCCCGAAUCCCGCUCGAAGUCAUGUCGGAAGGCAUCGGACGCGAUGGGCAAGACCUUGUCCCAGUUCCGACGACCUGCUUGGGAACACAGUCGAUGCUGACCUGGGUCGAUCCGAAGAGUUCUUUCACGCCUGGUAGAUUGGAUUGGAUCCUCGUCGAUGAUCGAGCUUGGACUCCGAUCAACUCUUGGAGCUUAGAUACAGAGCGUUUGAGCGACGAGGUGCUGAACGAUGCCGGUCUAGAGCGCGAGGAUUCACGAGCGACGGAUCACUUGCCAAUCUUUGUGGAUCUUGUGUGGACCAUGAAACUCCCAAUCAUCGCACUCGCCGCAAUCAGCGGCAUCGCACACGCAUCGCCGUACCUCACCUCAAUCAACGGCCAUGAGGGCAUGCAAUAUGACCCGCAAGGUAGUUUUGGCCCGACCAUCACCCUUGAUCUUUCAGGGAUCAAUAGCUGGGAUCUACAAGGUGAUGACAGCAACGAACAUCUAGCGGUUUAUCAGCCGAUGUUCAACUGGGUCAUCGGGGUCAGCUGGGAUGUCACCAUUGUCACCGUCGGCGCUUCGUGGUUGUCCGAAGCGGUGAUCGGAUUCGAGGACGAACUGUUCCUCACGCCGGGAAUCGGGAAUGACUUCGCAGGCACCGCGAGCUUCAGCUCCGGCGGGAUGGUAGAUCUAAUUGGAGAGGGUUUGGAUUUCUUCUACAGCCCAGACGGCUUCCUCGAUAUCGAGUUCUUUGAGUCGUUCGAUGAUGUCGCAGAUGAGGUUGACGCGUACUUUGCCGCCGGAUCAACAAUCCAGGUGAAGUUCGCGUACCCAGCGCCUGGGAGCUUGGCGCUGCUCGGAUUCGCUGGGAUCGGCGCGUCACGCAGACGACGCUGA